GCCGUGCUUCCUGCAGUGCUUCUGGGGAUCCACAUUAUAACACUUUUGACCACAGAGUUCAUAAUUUCAUGGGAAAUUGCACUUACACCCUCUCCAAAGUGUGCAAUGUCUCUGAGAGGCUUCCAUACUUCAAUGUGGCCACAACGAAUGAGCACAGAGGAGCCAAUACCAAAGUCUCUUACGUGAAGUCGGUGCAGGUGGAAGUCUAUGGCAACCAGAUUUCCUUGCUGAAAAACAAGAAAGUGAAUGUGAAUGGCAGCAGAAUGAACCUGCCUGUAUUUAUUGAAAAGAAAAUCAGUAUUCAAAGCAGUGGUGGAUAUGUUCUUUUGGAAACUGACUUUGGACUGUGGGUGAGAUAUGAUGGCAAUCAUUAUGCAGAAGUCUCUGUGCCCUCUGAUUACCGUGGUCUGCUCUGUGGCCUCUGUGGUAAUUAUAAUGGUGAUCCAAGGGAUGACAAUAUAAAGCCCAAUGGUGAAAUUGCAAGUGGUUCCACUGAUCUUGGAGAAAGCUGGCUUGUACCUGAGAAUAACACCAUAUGCACCAGUGGGACAGAAGAGCAAUGUGAUCCUGUUCUGGAGAAUGAAGCAAAGAAGGAUACAGCAUGUGGCAUGAUCACAGACCCAACAGGAAUCUUCAAGGAUUGUCAUACCAAAGUGCCUCCAGAAAAUUUCUUUGCAAACUGUGUUUACGACAUGUGCUUCACUGGUGGGCAGGCAACGUCCAUAUGCUACGGACUGCAGGCCUAUGCUGAGUCCUGUGUCAAUGCUGGGAUAUGCAUCGAGUGGAGGAAUGCUACUCUUUGCCCAAUGUCCUGUCCUGGAGGCAGCAUCUAUGAAAGCUGUGGUACUAGGUGUCCCUCUACCUGUUUGAACAUCUCAGCAGUUGAUUCCUGCAGUUCCUUACCAGUGGAAGGUUGCUUCUGUAAAGAAGGCUAUGUCUUGAGUGGAGACAAGUGUGUGCCAGAAAGCAGCUGUGGUUGUGUGGAUGAAAAAAAACAGUAUCACCAGCUGGAUGAAAGCUGGUUCACCAGCUAUCCCUGCAAUGAACGCUGCACCUGCAAGGCUAAUAACACCAUCGUAUGCACAUCCUGGGAGUGUGGAGUUCGAGAGGAAUGCAGUGUUCAGGAUGGUGUGCUGGGCUGUCAUUCCAAUGGCCAAGCAACAUGUCAAGUGGCAGGAGAUCCCCAUUAUUUCACUUUUGAUGGAAUGAUGUACACUUUUGUGGGUACCUGCACCUACACCUUGGUUGAGGUUGUCAACACCAAUAGUGUCAUACCUAUAACCAUCCUUGGCAAGAAUGAAGACAGAGGAUUGAGAGGAGCCACAUACCUGAAAGAGGUCUACAUAGAUGUCUAUGGUGUACGAAUCACCCUUCAGAAAAGCCAAGGAAUCUUGUUGAACAAUGAGAGAGUCUACACUCCAGUGGAGAACCGGUUGCGAGGCGUGUCCAUUGGAAAUGUUGGCAGAUUUAUAGUAGUGGAAACUGACUUUGGUCUGAUAGUGAAAUACGAUGGCAAUCACCAUCUGGAAAUCACCCUCCCACAUUCUUAUUUCUCAAAGGUACAUGGCAUGUGUGGUAACUUCAAUGAUAAUCGUGAAGAUGAUCUGUUGUUGCCUAAUGGCACACUCAUCAGUGGCUCACAGUUUGGAAAUAGCUGGAAAGUGGAGGAAGACAGCGAUGAAGGUUGUUUACCAGACUUAAGAGAAGAUGAUUUUCCUCCUUGCACUGCUGAGAAUAAACCAGUCAUUGAAAGCCAGUGCAAUGUCCUAAAAUCAGACAAAUUCAAAGCAUGUCACAAGCUAGUCAAACCUGAUGACUUCAUACAGAUCUGCAUCUAUGACAUGUGCCAGUAUGAUGGAAUGAAGUCUGCCCUCUGUGACAUAGUUCAAGUCUAUGUGGACACCUGCAGGAAUCAUGGAAUCACCAUCAAAUGGAGGAGUAGCACAUUCUGCCCAUUGCCCUGUCCACCCCACAGCCAUUACACAGACUGUGUCUCCACCUGCCCAUCAACAUGCAAUGACAUUUUUGCUUCUUCCCUUUGUGAGAAGACAGAAGAGUGCACAGAGGGCUGUGAGUGUGAUGGUAACUAUGUGCUCAGUAAUGGCAAGUGUGUACCUCUGAGCGCUUGUGGCUGCAGGGAUGAUGACAACAAUUACUACAGUGCUGGGGAGACCUGGAUAACUCCACACUGCACCAGAAGAUGCCAAUGUCAGAAGAACGGUGUCAUCAAUUGUAAGAGCUAUGGCUGUGAUUCUAAAGAAACCUGUGUGAUCAAAAAUGGAAAAUACAGGUGCAAUCCAACAGGCUUUGGGAAAUGCCGGAUCAUGGGUGACCCACACUACAUCACCUUUGAUGGUCUGGUGCACCACUUUCAAGGCAAAUACACGUAUAUUCUGGCUCAGACCAUCCCUGACCUCCCGGACACUCUGACGCCGUUCAGCAUCGAAGGCAUGAACUACCCUUUCCGACGAAGCCGCCGCAUCACUUACCUGAAGGAGCUUCUCGUCAACGUUUACAACCACACGGUGCGAUUCAGGCAGAACAAGCAGCUUGUGUUGGAUGGUGUGAGGGUGAGACCCCCUGCUCAUCCUCAUGAAGGUAUUCAUAUAUAUCAGAGGACAACAAGAAUUUACCUGGAGACAGACUUUGGCUUAUACCUGAGCUUUGAUGGCAAUCAAAAUGCAGAUAUAAAGCUGGCCAACACCUACAGAAACAGAGUGGAAGGCUUGUGUGGUGAUUUUGAUGGGAGACACAGAAAUGACUUCACAAAUCCAGAUGGUGUUUGGGUGAAGAACGUGAAUGUAUUUGGUGGACCAUGUAUGCCAAAUCCUUGUAAGAAUGAUGGCAUUUGCUCUGAAGCUACCAGCAACACCUCCCUUCCCUUCUACUGUGAAUGUCCAGAGCUGUACACAGGAGCAACCUGUGAGGCUGAAAAUAGAGACCUUAUCACAGAAGCUCCUGAAGACCAUACAGUUGCCAUUGUCAUUGGAGUUGUGGCAGGUGUGGCUGUUAUCAUCAUUCUCAUCUCCUCUGCAGUGUAUCUGUACAGAAAGAAGACAAAGAUGGAUACUGCUGUUAUAUCAAGGGAUUCUUCUUUGGAACAGUCCAGGGAUGACAGAGUGCAUGAGCAAGAUUAUGGCUACAUUGUGAACGCUGCAUUUGAUCAAAAUUAA